CUCUUCAGAAAACGUUCCUAGUCCUCAUUGUCCUUCUGAUCCAAUGACCUGUGAGGCUUUCCUCAAGUAUGGAAUUCAGUGCAGGCUGAAUUCCAAAGUCAUCGCUCGAGGGUUACUUUCGCUUGGCCUCCUCCAUCUUGCUUGCUCUUCUCUUCCAGGUUGGGUGACUGAGAGGGAGACUUCCACAAUGGAGGAGAGGAAGAAGAAGAGCCCGAAGGCUCACCUCACCCAGCCGGUGCCUGCGAGUGCGCUGCGCAAGCUGCCUGGUCCGGCCAGCAAGAGUGCCUCUUUCUCGCUGGGGACGCCACACCUCUCAUCUCCAAGGCCAAGAGCCAAGUUUAAGAGAGCAAGCAAGGAGACAUCACGAGUUCCCCAGCUUGGGGGCAAUGCGGGGUCUGUGGUGGGCACCCCCCUGCAGCAUUCGUUCCUGACCGACGUCUCUGAUGUGUAUGAGAUGGAAGGGGGCCUCCUUAACCUGCUGAAUGAUUUCCAUUCAGGGAAGCUGCAAGCUUUUGGCAGGGAAUGUUCUUUUGAGCAGCUGGAACAUGUCCGGGAGAUGCAGGAGAAACUCGCCCGCCUGCACUUCAGCCUGGAUGUUUAUGUGGAGGAACUUGUGGAAGACCAGAAGAAAACCGUAGCUGACAGGAAUCUGGACCAGCUGCUGACCAAUCUGGAAGAACUCAGCAAUUCCAUACAAAAGCUUCACCUGGCUGAAAACCCUGAUGUGGAAGAAGCACCCAACGCCUAGAAGAGGCACCGGGAAGGGCCAGGCUGGCCCCCUUCUGACGAGGCCUCGAGAUGGACGUCCCACAAAGAUGUCUGCUUCUGAAUUAUUAUGUAAAAACGUUAG